AUGUUUAAUUCUUCAAGCCAUCAACAACGCUUUAAACUUAGAUUUGAAACAAAAAAUCUGAAACAGAGUAUUUCCGUAUAUCCAGGGAAUGCAGCUGAUGAUGGCGAAACACAGGAAAAGAUUAAGCAACAUGUAGUGGAUGAAAAGGAAACGUUUGAGGCAUCAAAUGGUGGACAGAUAUCAUAUGAUGAUACCGAAAUUAAAACUGCCCCAUCCUAUGGACCACAAGGAGCAAUAUCAUCUGAAAAUAUAGUGGAAAUCAUUAAUAAAAACCAAGAUGUUCCCAAUCGUUCAAAAAUCUCGGGAAAUUUGCAAAUUGAGGAGAGAAAUAUUUCAGAGCCAGACAAAAAAUUCACCAUGUCUGACUUUGCGGGACAGUGUGCCUAUUAUGCUUCACACCAGAUUUUUCUGAGUCCCCGGGCGUUCUUCAUUCUGGUGCUGAAUAUGGAGAGGAAGUUUGAUGAUAAGGUUGGAGAAGAAGUGUGUUGUCAGGAAGGCUCCGUUUACGGGGGGUGGACACACAGAGAUUAUCUUGAAUUCUGGAUGAAGUCCAUUCAUCAAUACAGCAGUGAUAAGGCUCCUGUUUUACUGGUCGGUACACACAGUGAGAAUAAACAGAAGAGGUGCUUUACUUUUCUAGUGUCUCAAGCAAGAGAGGAGUUGUUUUUCCGUGAAGUAUGGAAGACUCUGGACGUGAAAAAGAAGUCUUUACAAAAACAUAUUGAUGUGAAACGGCGAUUUGCAGUUGGUUUCCAUGACAAUUUAAGCAUUGAAAAACUCAAGCUGUCCAUUGCUGAUGUCGUGGGCAGGCUUGAUCACUGGGGUGAAGUGCUUCCUCAGUCAUGGGCUAUGUUUGAAACAUUCUUUCGAGAAAAGAAAAUCCACAAGAUUUUGAGUAGGGGUGAACUUGAGUUGUUCAACGAAACAUUGCCAGACGGAAUAAAGCUCCAAACUGCAGAAGAUAAGAUUUCCAUGCUAGAGUUCUUUCAUGACCUCAGAGAAAUUAUACACUUCAACCAACAAUUUCUCAAUGAAAGUAUUAAUCUCGAUGUUCAGUGGUUUGCAGAUGCAUUUAAAAAUGUAAUAACAGAUAAAAACCAUGCCAAAGAAGAUUUAUUCGAAUUUGCCUCGGUAUGGGACAAAUUCAAUGAAACUGGAGUGUUAGAUGAAACUCUACUCUCUGCUAUAUGGAGAAUGAACAGCAAUGGUUACAUUGAGCAUAAAGAAGAUAUUUUGCCAUACAUGGAAAAGCUAGGACUUUUAGCUAAAAUGAGUGACAAAAAGUGGUAUGUCCCCUGCAUGAACAAGAUGCAAUUUCCAGUAGACUGUUUUUCAUCAUACCCUGCAUCGUCCAUCCUCUGCUGUACGUUUGAUCUUCUUCCUGUGGAAAUUUUCCAUCGUCUUGUAGCAACGUGCAUGCAGAUACCUUGGGAGAUUUUUUCAGAUGAGGAUCGAGGAUGCAUUUACCAGACAGCGGCGAUUUUUGUUUUUCAUGACAAGCACCAUAACAUCAUGCUUGGGAUGACUCAAACAGAAAUACAAUUGCAAGUGUUUGUUGCUGAGGGAGAAAUUGAAAUUCCAACGUGUCACAAGAUUAGAGAAAAAAUUGAGCAUACUUUAAACAAUCUUUCCAACACAUUUCAGAAAAACUCAGAGAUCCAUGUUGCGUUCAAAUGCAAAUCUUUUGGAUUUUGUGAUAGCAAAGAUAGCGUUGUCAUAAAUGAAUCUUUGUUUACAAGAGAUAAUUUUCAGUGCCCAUCGUGUCCAGCAAUUAAAAAGCAUUCCAUCAACACAACAGAAAUAACAAAAUAUUGGAAAGAGGUUAAACAGAGUACUUCCAGCACUUCGAUGGCUUCUGGACAGGACAUGGGAGGUCGAUCAAGAUUUGCGAAAUUCGGAAUGGCAACAAACGAUGUGUUAAAUAAAGCAUUCAGAGACAUACUAGAGAUGGAAAUCUCACCUUCCGACAUUGAAAACAAAGUAAAAGCAUCACCAGUUUAUAGAAAAUUGCGCACAGAACAAGAACAUCUAUUGGUAGAUGCUAAACAUAACGGAUUUAAAAAUUUUGAUAUUUCACUAACAUACACAUUGAUCAGAAACAUCUGUAAAAAGAUUCCUUUACCAACCAAAGGAAAAUGGGGAGAGGAGCCUGCAGCAGGAGAGGUAACAGUGGGUGAUGAUAUAGAGAGAAUUAGGUCAAUACAAAACGGUUUGACUGCACAUGUGAGCUCACCCCUCAGACGGAAUUCGAUGACACCUGGUCAAUGAUGUCAGAUAUCUGCCAAAGAUUGGAAACCUUCACCGGAAAGAAGUACUUGGACAGCCUUAAAAAAAUUCAAAACUUGACCUUGAAAGAAGAAGAUGUUAUUAAUUUAGAGAUAUUGCGUUCUCUCGUUUCAGAUGUGCAAAAAAUUAAAAGAACUUUGAAGAUUAAAAGUUAAAAGAAUGCAGAUUAGGAUGU